AGCGGGUUUACUGGUUUUAGCGUUACUUAGUUUUUCUGCUACGUUUGUACUAUCUCAGUUGUGGGAUUUUCUGUUUGGAUCGGUAAAGAACCAGUGUUUUUGUGAUAAACGGACCAAAUUUGUUAACAGAUUAUGAAUAAUUUCUAAAUAAUGGGAGAAUUCGAGACAAAUGUAUCUAAUCCGGAUAAAUUUGAAACCCUCUCCUUAAAUGAUUCACCUGAUUCAAAUGAAAUCCGUAAAACCUCUGUUCGCUUAAAAGAAGGACUUUGCGAUGAUCAAGGAGAUUUAGGUCAGAAAGAGAUUGAAAUUAAAUCGGCUCUAGUGCAGCAAACUAAAGAUCUAUAUGAACAAUAUGCUCGGGAACAGUUUCCUAAAGAUUUAGAAAAACAAAAGGCACUGGUAACCGAAAUGCAGGACCAAUAUUUUGAACACUACCUCUCCGAAGUGUAUAGGUUCCAACUUGUUCACCAACAGCAGCAACUUGAACAAUUACGAGCGGUAAGAUCGGCCGUGAAAGAUUCUAACGAUGGGAAUUCUGAAUCUGAGAGAGAUUUUCUAGAACCAUUACCUCUCAUUCCUGCAACAAUAUGGACUCGUAAAGAUAUUUCAGAAUUCAAACGAGAAAUUCUCGAUGUACAGAAGGAAUGUUGUAUAAAGAUAAAUUCUUUAGCAACUGCGACAGUACGUGUUCCAACUCAUCCAAAUGGGAAAGCAAUAUGUUGGGAAUUUGCUACAGACAAUUAUGACUUAGGUUUUGGAUUGUAUUUUGAAUGGGAUUUGGAACCGCCUGAAAAUAUUUCUGUUAAUAUUUCGGAGUCAAGUGAUGAAGAAGGCGGUGAAGAUGAGGAUGAAGAAGGACCUGGUAAUGGGAAUUCUAUGGAACAAACGUCGCCUGAAAACAAAAAUAAGGGUAACGGCCAUAUUUAUUGGCAUGUAGCAAAUGUAAUAUCGUUUGAUUGUGCAAAUAAUAAACAGCACGAGGUUGUUAAAAGAUAUGUCGUGUACUUACUGUAACUUAUGAACCGUUUCAUUUGCUUCUUAUCAACUAUGAUUCAUCAUAUACUAAUAAAAUGUAAGCUGCUUUACAAAUACAAUCCAUUUGGAUUUCUGACCUUUCGUGAAUUAAUGUAGGCCACUUCUUCAGAGUACGUAGAUGAAUAAUCGAUUUAACAUAAGUUUAUAUAUUAUAAAGGAACAAGGCAGAGAAUUUAGUCUAAUCAAAAUUAGAUUAGGUUUGAUUAUUUCAGUGUCAUGUGAACUUUCUGGUCAAUGUGAUUCUGUAUGAGACAUCAUUGUGUGUUUGAUGAUGGGUAUGAGAGACGUAUGAUUUGUUGUAUGAAGAAGGGUAGUUACAAUUUGAGCGUAUGUAUGAGGAACGAACAGAGGUAAAUGUGGUUGUUUGGAUAAAUAGUCCAAGUUGGAUAUAUAGUUCGGCUUUUUUUAGCAUUACAUGAAACGCUUUAGCUAAUCGCUUUUCUUUAUAGUUGGAAAAGCCGUUGAAUUAUUUUGAUAUUUUUAAUACCGACUUGGUUACUGAACAUAACAUGUGCUACUAUUUCCGAUUUAAUUUGUAAACUUUCCAGCUCUACAGGAUUAUUAGGUGUUUUUGUGUUCCUUGGUUUGUGUCGAAAUUUGACAAUGAGGCUCUCAAGUACAUAACACAUUGGAGGUUAGGUAAAACAACAGUGCCAAUCAAAGUACUCCAAUUCAAAUUGUUAUUCAUAAGUGAAUAGUUUCGUCUUAGUAUUCUCUUCUGAAUAGAUGCGGAGCCAGAAAAUGUUUUGCACUGAAUGAAUGUGCAGAGUUGAAAUCGAUGUACUGCCACUAUUUGUUCGGAAAAUAUAGUUCAUAGUGUAAUUCUUAAUUUCUGUAAUUAGUGUAGUCUACAAAUCUCAGCAAGCCUGAUGUAUAGUCUAAAAGAUGAUACUACACUGGGACCUGACUUAAAUCGAUGAAGUCCAGAAUAAGUGUGCAAGGUAUGUGUUAAACGUAAAUGAGAAAAAAACAUUCUUACACAUUUUUCACUGCCUGUAAUAAUUUACUUUUUACUUGUAUUCAGAAUCUCAUGAUUUGGAAUUAGGCAAAAAGUCAUUACAACAGCGUUUACCUACUGACGAACUUAUACCAAUCUAUAGAAGGGAUUGUCAUACAGAAGUUUAUUGUGGUAGCCAUCAGUAUCCAGGUGUUGGUGUGUAUGUAUUCAAAUUCGACAAUUCAUUUUCUCUCUGGCGUUCUAAGUGGCUGUAUUACCGUAUUUUCUAUACUCAUUGAGUAGCUUCACACAGCCACCGUUCGAAACAUUGAAAUUAUGUUGUUCACAUUCUCUACGGUAUUUCCGAUUCAAAUUUACUGUGAACCAAUUCGGUUCUCCUUCCCAUUGUUUUAUUUUGACAUGUUGCAAAUUGCUUCUGAUCUCAGCAAAUAUAUAUAUAUAUAUAUAUAUAUAUAUAUAUAUAUAUAUAUAUAUAUAUAUAUAUA